AUGUCUAGCAAGACUCCACUGCCUCCUGAUCGCAUCUUCGGCCUGAAAUGUCCUCGCCUUUUCUGGAUCAUUUUACCCCAUGCAUGCCUUGUGGCCUCCCUGGUUCUUUAUAGCGUUAUAGGGGCUUUUAUCUUUAAAUACACUGAGGGUUCUGGAAGGAAACCAGACACAGAAUUUCAAGGUUUUCUUUUACAGCUAUGGAACAUCUCACAAAACACCUACUCAGACUCAGGAAAUGUUUCACAAAAGGAUGAGUUCAUUAAUUCCACCAGACACAUGUUAAUACAAAACCUAAAAGUAGAAUGGUUGCAGAUGGCAGAGUUGGAAUGGGGCUUUCUAAAAUCAUUAUUCUUUUGCUGCACAAUAUUCACGACAAUCGGGUACGGACAUCUAUAUCCCGUUACAAUCUGUGGAAAAAUCGCUUGUAUCAUCUAUGCCACUGUGGGUAUCCCUCUGAUGCUGCUUCUCCUCACGGAUUUGGGAGAUAUCCUUGCGGGACUUAUGUCUAAAGUUUAUAAAUAUGUGCUACACACAUGGAAAAGUUUUCGCCACAAACCAGAUCGAGAUAUGACCACUCUUUCUUCACUCCAGACAGGUCACACUGGGAAGUCAAGUUUAGAAUCCACUCUGGACAGUCGAGUCUCCAUGAAAGAACCUCUAAACCUCACAGAUGUUCUGAAGAAUCAAGCCUCAGUGAAGAAAAAGUAUCACCAGAUGAGAAAUAUAGAUCUUUUUGAACUGAUCAUUGUUAAAGAGCAUUCAAGGAUUUCAUUGUUGAAAUGUAAUAGUUUCCAAAAAUCCCACUCCUGCCCCCAUCUAGAAUCAAUUCCAGCUUCCGACUCAGCAAUAAAUAACUUUGAUAGGCUCGGAGUAGAACUUGACCAGCUGGAUGUGCCAAUCAUAUUGAUUGUCUUUGUGGUCGUGGCCUAUAUAAUGUUCGGGGCUUUCAUUCUUCCUUUGUGGGAGACCAACUGGUCGACGAUUGAUGCCUUUUAUUUUUGCUUUGUCACAUUAACCACAAUCGGUUUUGGUGAUAUUGUGCCAACGCACCCAAAUUACUUUCUAUUGCUGUCUGCAUACACUGUAAUCGGAAUGGCCAUCAUGUGUAUGGCUUUUAAGCUGUUACAAAACCGGAUGGUCUGCUUUUAUAAGCAAUGUAUGUCCUGUAUCAGCAGGGGUAUUGUAAAACAUGAAUCAAUACAUCACAGUUAAUGUAUACAUAUUCAGGAAAAGACAACCAAAUAGAA